GGAGCUUCCCGGAUCCGAGCCCAGACGGCGGCGGCUCGGGCAGCCUGGGCGCCGCGACCCUCGGCGGCCACAGGGGGACGGGGAGGAGGAGGAGGAGGAAGAGGCGGAGGCAGCGGCGGCGAUCGCGAGGAGGAGGAGGAGGAGGAGGGUUCGCUCGCCUGCUCCGACGCAGACAUGGUGGACUGAUCCCCGGCGGGGCCGAGAGCAGGGUUUCCUGAGGCGCCCCCGCGCGUGGCCCCGCCGCGCCCCGCGCCCCGCGCCCCGCAGCCCCUCGCCGGCGCCCGGGUCGGGCCGGGCAGUCGCGUUCCCGCCGCGUCCCGCGCCCGGUCCCUAUGGAGGCGCCGCUCGCCGGCGAGGCCGCCGACCAUGCCUAGGAGGGCCGGGAGCGGGCAGCUGCCGCUACCCCGGGGCUGGGAGGAGGCCAGGGACUACGACGGCAAGGUCUUCUACAUCGACCACAACACCCGGAGGACCAGCUGGAUCGACCCCCGGGACAGGCUAACGAAGCCCUUGUCGUUUGCUGACUGUGUUGGUGAUGAGCUGCCGUGGGGAUGGGAAGCCGGGUUUGACCCUCAGAUUGGUGUCUACUACAUCGAUCACAUAAACAAAACCACGCAGAUUGAAGAUCCAAGGAAACAAUGGAGGGGAGAACAGGAGAAAAUGCUCAAGGACUAUCUGUCCGUGGCUCAGGAUGCCCUCAGGACGCAGAAGGAGCUGUACCACGUGAAGGAGCAAAGACUGGCCCUGGCCCUGGAUGAAUACGUCCGGUUAAAUGACGCCUACAAGGAAAAGUCGAGCUCUCGCACCAGCUUAUUCUCAGGAUCUUCAUCCAGUACUAAAUAUGACCCUGAUAUCUUAAAAGCUGAGAUCUCCACUACGCGAUUAAGGGUUAAAAAGCUGAAGCGAGAACUGUCACAGAUGAAGCAAGAAUUGCUCUAUAAAGAACAAGGCUUUGCAACCUUGAAACAAAUUGAUAAAAAAAUGUCUGGAGGCCAGAGUGGCUAUGAACUUAGUGAAGCCAAAGCCAUCCUAACUGAACUGAAGUCUAUCAGAAAGGCCAUUAGCUCAGGAGAAAAAGAAAAACAAGAUCUGAUGCAGAGUCUUGCUAAGCUGCAGGAGCGGUUUCACUUGGACCAGAGCAUUGGCAGAUCUGAGCCAGACUUGAGAUCCAGUCCUGUGAACUCUCAUUUAUCUCUCUCCAGACAGACCCUGGAUGCUGGGUCACAAACAAGCAUUUCCGGGGAUCUCGGAGUGAGAAGUAGAUCAAAUUUGGCUGAAAAGGUCAGGCUGAGCCUGCAGUAUGAAGAAGCCAAAAGAAGCAUGGCCAACUUGAAAAUCGAACUGUCGAAACUGGACAGUGAGGCCUGGCCUGGGGCGCUGGACGUUGAGAAGGAGAAGCUGAUGCUGAUUAACGAGAAAGAAGAACUUCUGAAAGAGCUUCAGUUCGUCACGCCCCAGAAGCGCACCCCGGACGAGCUGGAGAGCCUGGGUGCCGAGAGGCGGCGGCUGGAGGAGGAGCUGCGGUCGGUCCGGGGGGCGCCCAGCCGAGCUCUGGCCGAGAGAUUGAAAUUGGAAGAACGAAGGAAAGAGCUGCUACAGAAACUUGAAGAAACUACUAAAUUAACUACAUAUUUGCAUUCACAACUUAAAAACCUCUCCGCCAGCACCCUGUCUAUGUCGUCCGGGAGCAGCCUGGGCUCCUUGGCCUCCAGCCGGGGGUCUCUGAACACGUCCAGCAGAGGGUCCCUCAACUCCCUCAGUUCCAGCGAGCUCUACUACACCAGCCAGGGCGACCAGCUGGACCCGGAUUAUCAGUAUAAACUGGACUUCCUCCUGCAGGAGAAAGGUGGUUACAUUCCUUCCGGACCCAUCACCACCAUCCACGAACACGAAGUGGCCAAGUCCCCCAGCCAGCCUGGCCAGAGCGGUCCCUGUGGGGCAGCGGCCGCGGCCCCGGGCCACGCUCCCGCCCUGACCGAGGCCCCCAAGUCCGUGACGUCCCUGUCCUCCCGGUCCUCCCUUUCCUCCCUGUCCCCGCCCGGCUCUCCCUUGGUCUUAGAAGGCGCGUUCCCCCUGUCUCCCCACGACGUCCCUCUCCAUCAGUUCUCUGCUGACUUUGAGGACUGUGAAUUGAGCAGCCACUUUGCAGACAUCGGCCUCGGAGAAGAUCCGCUGUUGCUGGACUCUGACCCGGGAGGAGUGCCCCCGUCCCUCUCAGAGGAUAAGGACCUCACCGAAUGCGCCAGGGAGCCGCCGCACGAAGGGCCUGCAGAUGUGGAAAAAUCAUUACCAAAAAGAAGAGGAAUCCACUUGCUUGGGGAGAAAACCGCUUGCGUGUCGGCUGCGGUCUCGGAUGAGUCCGUGGCUGGGGACAGCGGGGUCUAUGAAGCUUUCGUGAAACAGCCCAGUGAAGUCGAAGAUGUUCUGUACAGUGAGGAGGACGUCGCCGUCAUGGAGACGGCCCAGGUGCAGAUCGGACUCAGAUACGAUGCAAAAAGGUCAAGUUUCAUGGUGAUUGUAGCACAACUCCGCAAUCUUCAUGCCUUCCUGAUACCUCACACUUCAAAAGUAUACUUUAGAGUUGCUCUGCUUCCCUCCUCAACUGAUGUCAGCUGUCUGUUUCGAACGAAAGUCCAUCCAGCCGCGGAGUCCCUGUUAUUCAGUGAUGUGUUCAGAGUGGCCAUCUCCCAGACAGCCCUGCAGCAGAAGACACUGAGGGUGGAUCUGUGCUCCGUCAGUAAACACCAAAGGGAAGAGUGCCUGGCGGGAACUCAGAUCAGCCUGGCAGAUUUACCCUUUUCCAAUGAGAUUUUCACUCUGUGGUAUAACUUGCUUCCUUCAAAGCAAAUGCCCUGCAAAAAGAACGAAGAUGAAACUGAGGAUUCAGUAUUUCAACCAAGCCAGCCACUAGUAGAUUCUAUAGACUUGGAUGCAGUGUCAGCCUUACUUGCAAGAACAUCAGCGGAGCUUUUGGCUGUGGAACAAGAAUUAGCACAAGAAGAAGAAGAACCAGAGCAGGAAGAAGAGCCAAGGGGUCCAGAUGGAGAUUGGUUGACCAUGCUGAGAGAGGCCUCUGAUGAAAUUGUGGCUGAGGAAGGGGCUGAAGUGAAAUUGGCAGAGGGCAGUUGCUGUGCAGAAGACGUAAGCUCAUGCCCGAGUGUGCCUGAGAUGAAUGAGGACACAAGUAAGACAGAAAACAACUGUGCCAACGACCUUGGGAGUCAGCCAGCUGCAGGAGUGCCCGCCCUGGUUGAUAAAGAGACAAAUACCGACGAGGCGGGCAGUGCCAGCGUGGCGGUCCGCCCCAAAGACCGCAGCGGCCUGGGCCCCCGGCAGCGCCCCUUCGUGCGGAGCAGCGUGAUCGUGCGCUCGCAGACCUUCUCCCCCGGCGAGCGGAGCCAGUACGUCUGCAGGUUAAAUCGAAGUGACAGUGACAGUUCAACCCUGGCUAAAAAAUCACUAUUUGUGAGAAACUCCACCGAACGGCGAAGUUUGAGAGUCAAAAGGGCGGUGUGCCAGCCGGUGCUCAGAAGGGCAGCGCCCGAAUGCCCCGUGCGAACCUCUCUGGACCUGGAGCUGGACCUGCAGGCCUCGCUGACCCGGCAGAGCCGCCUGAACGACGAGCUGCAGGCCCUGCGGGGCCUGAGGCAGAAGCUCGAGGACCUGAAAGCCCAGGGCGAGACGGACCUUCCGCCGGGCGUGCUGGAGGACGAGAGGUUCCAGAAGCUCCUGCGGCAGGCCGAGAAGCAGGCCGAACAGUCCAGAGAAGAGCAGAAGCAGGACCUGAACGCAGAGAAGCUGAUGAGGCAGGUCUCCAAGGACGUGUGCCGGCUUCGGGAGCAGAGCCGGAAGGUGCCCCGGCAGGUGCAGUCCUUCAGGGAGAAGAUUGCCUACUUCACCAGAGCGAAGAUCAGCAUCCCGUCCCUGCCGGCUGAUGACGUCUGAUUACAUCGCUGACGAGAUCGUGUUUUCACCUCUUCAUUUCUUAGGGAGGGCAAAAGACUGAACAUUUUCUUGUUUGGGGUUUUGUUUUUUGUUUUUUGGGUUUUUUUGUAAUAUAACUGUCAAUUCUUACAGAGCUUUUAUUUCACAUCAGAUUUUCAACAUGUUAAUUUGUAAAGUACCUUGAAUGUAAUUCUUACAUGUUUAAAAAAAAAAAAAAUCAGAUAACCCAAACAGGAUCAUCUGGUACACAGAUGUACAGUGUACGUGUAUCGCCAAUGGGCUUUAUUUGGUAAAAAUGGAAUAGAGGCGGGACCCAGCGUGUAUCCUAUUGAACCGACUGUUGAGAAAUAACUCAGUUUAGCAGCAGGCGGUUUUCGCUUUUCCUUUGUUUUCCCAUGGGCAACUAUGAAGCUGGCAGCGGCGCCAGGUGAUGCUUGGUGCUAGAGGGCAGCUCGUUCAGCGUGAGGUUGAACUUGAGCAUGAGCUUCAGUGCAGAGUCCCAGGUCCACCUGAAACAGGUGCUGCGUUCAUUUCCAUCUCCUCUGUCGGAACACGUUGUUUCCUUAAAACAACUGCCUUUCUUGGUCCUUUUCUAUUUGUCUAAAGAAAACAAAAACAAAACGCUAAGUGCAGGAAGGCAAGAAUGCGAAGGAGCAGUGCUCCCAGCACACUACAGAUCCCGUGAUGCAGGACUUUAAGGGUAGGGAGAUGAAAGGAGAAAGCCAGUUCGCCUCAAAUACACUAGAAUCAGCACGUCAGUGGGCAGCUGCUGCUUCUCGCUCAACCCGAUUGCGCGUUGGUGUUCAGACGUGAGUGUCUGGCUUGCACCAGUCAUGCUUCGUCCUAGGUGUGAGGAUGGUACCAAGUGGGGGAAGGUAGGGGCCCAGGGUGCUGAGCACAGACAGUGCUGGUACUGUGGAGGGGAACGCAUGAGCAUCACUUACUGAAACCAGGAACAGAGCAAAGGGUAUCUUGAUUGAAUCAAGGUUGCCAAAAUUUUUUUAAAUACUUCAGUAAACAGGUUUCUAACAUUUACUAGAAAUUACUUUGCAGCUGUCAUUUUUAGGGAAUCCUAUCUAUAACUUGUGGUAAGGAGUUGGGAGGCAAAGAGAAGAGAGUGCCUGGGGAGAUUAUUAAUUUGAAGUAAAAGCUGAGUCAUUUGUAAAAAAUAAAUAAAUAAAUAUAUAUAUAUUCCAGGCAAACAAGAUGGAAACUGACCAAAGUUUCCUCCAGUGGAGAAGUUUAGCUUACCCGACCCAAGCACUUCUUAAAAGAAACAAAUCCCCAGGUUAGCUCUGCCAGCAUAAAAGGCUUUUAAAAGAAAUAGUUUUAUGCAAGUUAAAUCAUACAUAUUACUCGGUCUGUAAUACUGGAAGAGGCAAUGUUUGGUGAGCCAUCUUAUGUAACAAGUGAAAUCAAUUUUUUUUUUAAGAGAUGAAAAAAUCAUCUUAAAGGAAUGGGCCCCUUAAAAAAAAGAAACACAAGUUCUGUUCCUAAGCUAGAAUCCUCAUUGGUAAGAAUAUUUAUUUGAAAGUAAUUACACAUGUUUUGGAAGGUUCAUUUUAUCAGAAUCAAAAUUCAGAUCAAGCCAUUUCUGAGCCUAGAACUGUAAUGACUUUUUCCCAAGUGUCCCAUCGUUUAUAUACAAAAGUCUUUGAAGGAAUAACUGGACGUGACACUACUUUGAACAAAAACCAGCCUCGUGAAUUGACUGAGUACAGUCCUUGCAGGCGGCCCAGUUCAUCCUGUUAGGUGACCGAGGAGAACUGGAGGAAGAGCACCGUUCAUCCUUGUCGAGGUCAAAUGUGAAAAACAGAAGUUUAUUUAAUGUAGAGUUAAAUGAAGGUCAGCUGUUUUCAGCUUCUUAGUUUGACCAUGAAAAUGUUUAUAGGAUUAUGUGUGGUUGUACCGUACGAUUUUAUUUUCUUCAUUUAUUUAUUUACGGUCUUAUUUAUGUUCUGUUUAAUAUAUAGUUCGGUUCUGGCCAUCUUAAAUGUUUGACACAGAAGAGGCUAUAUUGGAAUAUUUACAGCUUUAUAAAUUCCAUCAGAUUAGCUGUUAACUUUUUGUACGACAAAGAGUUUCAGACAAGCAUAAAAGAAUAAAAUCUGUCUCAGGCUGGUAGUUAGCAGUUGUGACCAAGAUGCUUUUGGUUUUAUUUUACAGCAUUUGCUCAUUUCUAACAUGAGAGACAAACUUAAUAUAAUCCUUUUUCACUCUUUAAAAAUCAGCAAUAGUGUUAUGUAUUUAUAGGCAGCUUUUAACAGUCCUGUCAUAUUUGUACUAACCCAAAUGAUUCACAGUGACAAAACAUUUUAAUAACUUGCUCACAAAACCAUAUGGACAACAUGAAUUUUAAUAUUAUAAGUACUAUUUUUUAAAGGUAGAAUUUAUUCUUCACAGGGUAAAAAGAAUGUAAUAUUUAGUUCUCAAGUUUGAAGUAUCAGUAUGUUAUUACAAUUUUGUAUAUCAGAAUCUAAGUGUUACAGGUACAAAAAGAAUAUCGCUAGCCAAAUGAACAAAGUUUAGCUGAAUCUCUGUAGCAUGCAAAUCAAAUAAAUUUAAAAUCUUUUUUUGCUAUUACUUUAUAUUGUAUUAAAUAUCAAAAGCUCAGGACUGAACUAAAUAUUUAAUCAGGUUAAAUUCUGAAUAUGUUUCUGUUUUAAUUUGUCUUGUUUGUAAAAGUAUGCAAAUACAUCACAUAGAUUAACUCUG